UGUGCAGACGAGUAGGGGCAUGCGACGACUGCAUCAAACAACAACCAGUCUCGUCAAAUAUGGUUGGUACAAACAAAAACAAUUCUCUUCAUUCAACUCCACAUCUGAUAGCGCACACACACUAUAUAAUUAACAACCCCAUUGUAGAAUUCUUAAUUUCACCCCCAAAUCUAAGCCUGAAAAAUGGACAACUCAACGCAAGAAUCUCACCUCCGAUCCGACACGCUGGUCACCUACGACUCUCCCCACACUCUCUACGCCAUGUCCAUCUCCUCCUCCCCCACCAAUCGCAUCGCUCUCGGCAGCUUCCUCGAGGAAUUCACCAACCGAGUCGACGUCGUUUCGUUCGACGACCAAACCCUAACUCUCAAACGAAACCCUAAUCUCUCUUUCGACCACCCCUACCCUCCUACUAAGCUCAUGUUUCAUCCCAAUCCACUCGCCUCCGGGAAGCCCAACGAUAUUCUCGCGUCUUCCGGCGAUUAUCUCCGCCUUUGGGAAAUUAAAGAGAAUUCGGUUGAGCCGAUAUCGCUGCUUAAUAAUAGUAAGAGUAGUGAGUUUUGUGCGCCGUUGACCUCGUUUGACUGGAAUGAGGUGGAGCCGCGGCGGAUUGGGACGUCGAGUAUUGAUACGACUUGUACGAUUUGGGAUGUCGAGAGGGGCGUGGUGGAGACGCAGCUGAUUGCGCAUGAUAAGGAGGUUCAUGACAUUGCUUGGGGUGAGGCUGGGGUGUUUGCCUCGGUGUCGGCGGAUGGUUCGGUUAGGAUUUUUGAUUUGAGGGAUAAGGAGCAUUCGACAAUUAUUUAUGAGAGUCCGCAUCCGGAUACUCCGUUGCUUAGGCUGGCGUGGAAUAAGCAGGAUUUGAGGUAUAUGGCGACGAUUUUGAUGGAUAGUAAUAAGGUUGUGAUUUUGGAUAUUCGGUCGCCUACUAUGCCUGUGGCGGAGUUGGAGAGGCAUAGGGGGAGUGUGAAUGCGAUUGGCUGGGCUCCGUUGAGUUGUAGGCAUAUUUGUUCGGGUGGGGAUGAUGGACAGGCGCUUAUUUGGGAGUUGCCUACGGUGGCUGGGCCUAGUGGUAUUGAUCCGAUGUCAAUGUAUACUGCUAGCUCGGAGAUUAAUCAGCUUCAGUGGUCAGCUGCAAAGCCUGAUUGGAUUGCUAUUGCAUUUGCCAACAAGAUGCAGCUGUUGAAAGUUUAAGUAUGCUCUUAUCAGUUUCUUGUGAAUUUAUAUACUAGUGCCUUGCCUGUUUGAUUUAUUACAUAUUACAGCAUGUGUUGCAUUAAAGCACUUUUCUUAUUGUGGUAAGCUAUAUAUGAAUCUAUAAGCUAUACCCUUUUUCGUUUUA